UAUGCAGAAUAUAGCUUCCCAUCUUCAACAGUUUGAAAUAAAAAUAGAUGCAUGUGCCCGACCCAAUCUGGAUAAAGAAGUUGUGUUGCCUAAGGAACUGUAUCACUUCUCCAAGAUUAUCCAGGACCUUGUGGAAAAGAGGGCUCUUUAUCUCAACUGUUUGGUGGAUCCAGUUGUGACAGAAGAUCCCCUUCAAGGGCCAGUUGCCACAGCCGCUCAUGUUGAGUUUCAGACUCAGGAGACUAAAAUAAAUGAGAAUCUGCUGCUGCCCACCAGAAAGGGAAAAGUCUCCACUGAAGAUAUGGCUGUUGCUGUUGUCAAAGAAUUAUUACAUGCCCAUAAAUCAGAAGUGUUACCUGAUACAGACGCUGAUACAGCUGAUGAAGGUUCUACAGUUAAAGCAUCUCAAGCAUCAUUCGGUUCUGGUUCCCAAAAUGCGCGCUCUGUCGCUAUGUCCUCCAGAGGGCAAAAGACAACAACACCGAGUGCAGUCAAAUAUUCCAAGAUAAACCGUUUUGACCCAAAAUAUCAAGUUUUUGGAGAAACAGUAGAAGAAUCUGACCAAUUUAAAGGAUCAAUAACAUUCAUUUUGUGGGAGAAUACUAAUGCUUUACUGGCUGUUGCUGAGGACUAUUACAAAAAGAAGGAGCGACAUCCAGUCUACCGUGCGGAAUAUCUGAAGGACACAUUUGACCAGUGCAUGGAUGAGCUGACUCAAAGGAUGCUAUCAUAUCAAGUUCAGGCUGAUAUCUACCACAGCAACUGUCUGCAAGAGUUCAGAGAGCAAUUAAAGAUAUUUGAAGAGUUGGUCUCCUCUGUGCCUCCAUUCCUUAUUGAAGAGGUUCUCAAGCAGCACUUGGACUUGAUCACAAAGGUCUUGGCAGAAAAACGCUCCACAUUCAGGGAAAAAUUCAAUCAACUGGAGAACACCAAGACUGAGAACAAGCACAGGUUACGACCAAUUUUGGGUCACCCCAACAAUGCAGAGGUGCUGGAGCGUUUGUGCGAAGAGGAGGAGGCAAGGCAGAAUGCUGAGUUCACAGAGAUCAAUAGAAAUGCAAAGGAUCAGAAGAACUGUAUGCUCGAACAUGCCCAGAACUUUGUGGCUGCACUCUCCUCCCUCUCUGAACAGCUCUUCCUGGAAUAUGACAACUUCCUCAUUGUCGAUAACAUCCAGUCUGCUCAACCAGAAGCAACAGGUGAAACAAUCCGGCAGAAACGAGCUGGACCUCCAAUGCAAGAGGAGGAAAAUACUUCCACUGAUGAGGUGCCCCGUGAAAGCAGAACAUGGCCAGGAAUUCCAGCCCAUGAGCUUUCAGAAAGUUGUCGGCAAUACAACGUCCAGGGACCCUCAUCCGUGGCAUCUUUGUUUGUGGAAACUGCGGCUGUGACAACUGUGAAGACAGUACAGGCUGAUCUGGCCAUACUUGAGGCGAGAGAUUCUGCCUACGAGAAAUACAAGCAGCAUUUUCUGCAGGACAUAUCGCAGAUAGAACGUGAGACAAAGGGGCUGCUGAUUAAUGCUCAGAAUUGGCAAAAUGGCUGGAGAGAUUCUGUCGUCAAUAUAAUGAAGCUCUAUGACCUGGUGCGCCCUCCUUGUAUCAUUUCUGAUCCUGUGCUUUAAGUUGCUCAAUGCCUGCUCAUUAGUUGUAUUUUAAUUCACUAAACUAAUAAAAUGUAUAUUUGUUUUUC